AUGAAGAAUCAAAAAGGAUUUUUAAUUCAUUGUUGUCUUUUCUUGUUUAUAAUUAUCAAUUCAAGUAAAUCAACACCAUUAGAUGAUUAUGUUCAUGCAGAAGAUCCUCAUUUUGGUUGGACUCUACUUCAAACUUACGAAGAAAUUGAUUAUAAAUUAUAUAUUCUCAAUUUUACUUCUCAAAAAUGGCUCGAUGAAACAUAUUCAUCUCGAUCAAUUUGGUGGCAUUAUUUAUGUAUAACUAAUUUACAUCAUAUGUAUCGAUCAUUAGUUGGUUGGACAUUUGCAUUUCAAGAUUAUUAUAAAUUAAAUAUAACUCAAUAUGUUGAUAAUGAUAAUAUGACAAAAUUAUCAGCAAUUAUUGAUCCAUUAAAUUAUAUUGAUCGAUUCUCUAAAACAAAAAUUUUACAAAUUCAAGCAACUGGUGAUGAAUUCUUUCUACUUGAUAAUGAAGCGGUUUUUUGGAAUGAUCUUCAAAUAGCCACAGGUGGAUCAUUUCUUCGACGAAUGCCAAAUGCAGAUCAUGUUUGUGUUGGUCAUAUCAUAAGUUUAUUUUUUACAAUGCGAAGUUUUUAUAUGAGUGUUUAUGAUGAAAAACCAUUACCUAAACUUCAAUGGAUUAAAUCAACAAAUAAUACUCAUGGUUAUAUUCGUGCAACUGUAGAUAUUAAUUCUGGACCAAAACCAAUUGGUGCACUUGGUUAUCGUGCUCAAACUCUCGAUGAUAAACGACGAGAUUUUCGUCUACUUGUUGGAAAUCCAAAUGAUCCAACAAAAGCAAUGGCAAAUCCUGUUUUUUGGUUUACAACAGAUCUCGUUAUUGAAGAACAAACGAGUACAACAAUUGUUUAUUCUUUAACAAUUGAAAAUCCAAUGAAUGGUUGGGAAGGUUUUCUUAUUCAAGUGAAUUUUCCUGGUCCUGAUGGAACUGUUUUAGAAUUAACAACAGAAACAUUAAUUAUUCCCGAUACUUAUCCAACUGAUGAUUGUCAUGGUGAACAAUGUUUAGGUUCACUUGUUUAG